CAGCUGGAUGCCAAUGCCUUAGCGUCUGCAAGAGUCCAGCCCAGGCUGUGAAUAAAGAUCCUCGUAUGUUUUGCCCUGGACUUGACUCCUGGUGGUCUUUUGGGGAUCUCUUGAAUCAGGUACAACAUCUUGAGGGCUCAUCCGCUGGGGUCCUCAAUACCCCUGGGGCUCCCAGAACCAGAGGAUCAGAACACCAGGUUAUUUGUGAAUGCAGCCUACCGCACAGAGAGACAAGCAGCUCUUAAAGCAACAACAGCAGCUUCUGAGAUAUGAAAUUGGAUUCAACAGGAGAUGAUAUAACCAAAGCUUCUCCAUAUACCUGCACAAGACCAAACCAGCGUGGAUGGGAGGAAUUCACAAAGUCCUACCCCAAGCUAAUGAGCUAUUGGCAGCUGAUGGCUGCUAGGAAAAGAAGAAGUCUUUCUGGAAAAGGAGGAGAGAUGACAAUGAGGAAGACAACCACCACCCCCAUUGUUCGAAGAGGAGUAAGAAGGGCCAGGCCUUCCAGGACCCUCACGCUAUAGAGAAGCAUUGGCUCCAGGAAUGAAGAAGGAUGUGUUGGGUGAGCUAUUCUGAAUAACAUGAGGGGAGGACCUUGAUCAUCAAAGGGAAGGCAUAUUCCAGGAAGCCACUGUGCUAAGGAUCCACAGUUGCCAGGUACCAUCAUUAAGCUAUACAUGCUGUGAUGCUGGCUACUGUGUGUAGUUGGAUGAGCAGAGGGAAGUGGAAGGGACAGUGACUGUGCAGCCAUGCCAGCCAGGGACCUUCUUCUGUGACUGCAUGGAAAAGCAAAGUCCAGAGCAGGUGAAAGGAAGCAGUAGUGUCUUUGCUUAUGACUUUGAAGAACAGUGACAGACUCUUCUCACUCUGCCUCUCUCCCUCUUUCUUAUACACAAACGUACAGUCUCUCAUGCUAACUUUCUUUCUCCCCACCUCCUUUUAUGAUUAAUGUCCCUCUUUGUGUGCAUUUCCUCAAUCUCCACCUAAGGAGGCAGGAGGACUGAAUGACAGCUAAGUAGGAGUGCUGCCAAGGGUCAUUAUUUACUAUCUACUGCUCGGAAGCAGUUUCUUCACUGCCAUGCAACAGCAAGCUUACAUUGAAACCCCACCACCACCACCAACACAGGUUUAUCAAGCAUGGAAACCGUUUUUCUUCUUGUGUUGCCUCAUGCCCCAGAAACUUUUGGGAGCCUUCCUGGCUGCCUCAGCCUCCAUGAUUCUCUGACUGUCUUUCAACACUCAUCUCACAGAAGCAGGAAGCGAUUUGACUGACCGCUACUAACUUGCCUCUAAGCGGCCUCUCUUUCAUCAGGCAUGUCCAUGGAAUUUUCACCCCUCGGUUGCACAGCUGUGAUCUGUGUUAUUCCUGUCAUCUUUUCUGGCAUGCAAGGCACAGUGUGAGAAAUACAACUAAAGUCAGUUUUAUACAAGGGGAAUAUGGGAUGGUUAGUUCUCUGGACUGAGCAUAUCUGCUUCAGGGAUGUAGAGGUCUACAGUGCCUGACACACUGUGACUCCAGACACAGCUUGUCCACUCUAACUUACUGCUAUCUGCAGGCAGAGGUAUGACUCUAAUGUUCCCAGCUGUGAGUGGCCACCACCCUCUGUCACUCAUGCCUUCCAUGCCCAGAUCCUUAGGUUCCCCUUUGUCUUACUACCUGUGUUCCAUGUUGCUUGCUUCUUCCAUGGGUGAGGGGACUCCUUUUUGCAACACAGCACUUUGGAACUGUCACUCAUGCUUCUGGGAAGCAAUUUGCAGGCACAAGUAGAAGAACAAAGAACCUGGAAUUGCACAGUGCCAAAAUGGAGCUCAGCAGUGGUCACCACAGGCCAGUUGUUGAGUAGAACAACGAACACACGAGGUAAAGGCAAGACCAUACUCCAAUUGGUGAGCAGUAGUCCACUCUGAGUACCACAUCGGGAGAUGUAUGUCCAAUGAUGAAUGGUGGGGCAGCUCACUUUAAGGCAUUUGCCUAAGCUUGCAUGUUGGUACACAGAAAAGAGCCACCUCAGAAUCAGAGUCUCUUACCAGCACAAUCAUUUCAUUUUUAUCACAAAGAGGGAGGUUUGGUUAUGAUCUCAGGGCAUGUCAUGGAAGACUUCACAAAGGCAAUCGAGCAGGUCCAAGGACAGCAUGGCAAGACAAUGAUCACUAGUGUGAAAAGUCAGAGAUGGGUGAGUUCCCAGGGUACAAAUCCUUGUGAGCCCAUAAAAUUCAUCCCUUUGAAUAUAUGUAAAUGCCCUUAGGAAGAAUGGCUGUCACUGUGCAUUCAUUACAGUAGAGCUGCCUUUGAGAGUUGGGGGAAGUGAGGUGAGAAUCACUGGGAUUCACCAAAUGACACCUUCUGCAUGAGCUGAAGCAAGAGAAAGAAUACCAGUUGCCAUGCAGGAAAUGCUGCCGGAGUGUCGUGCCCUGUGCUAACCGCUCUGGACAUGUAUCAUCUUGAUCUGGAUUUUCCUGGUUGCACACAUUCCUCCUCGCUAUCACCUUCACGUUUCCUCCUGGAACCAGGGCUCAGUGUGGCGACCGGCUCAGACUAGACCCCAUCAUGGAUCCACUGCAGAAAUGGGAUCCACUGUUGAAUUCUGUGCCUUCCUGCAUGGCCACUGUGACAAGCUCCCAAGAGGCCUCAGCCUUCCCUCAGCCUUCCUCCUCAGAAAAGCUAAGUGUGGGGCUCAGUGGGCUGAGCCUCAGCCCCAGCCCCAGCUCAGGUGUCCCUGCCCCUCUGUCACAGAGGCUGCUCCAGCAGCAGGCCAGGGAGAAGAAGACCCUGUGGCAGCAGUACUGGGAGAAGCAGGGCUUUCCUCAGAGGAAGAAGGUCUUCCUGAGGCACUCGAGACGCUGGCACCGGGAUCACAUGGCACCUUACCUGCUUGAAAGGGAUGUCGGAGAAGGCAGAUCUCAGAAUCAGCUCCUCUGCCAGGGCCACAUGCUUAAUAGUGCUGGGGUGAGUGGAGAGAGGAACGCAGUUCCCAACCCUCCGUCCUGGGAAAUGCUGGUGCAGGAAUUCAGUGGCCUCACCCUCAGCCUGGGAGCCAACAGACCAGGCCCCCUCCCGGAGGGGCCUCUGCAGCAACAGGAACCAGAGGAGAUGUGCCAGCUAAAGAGGCAGCAGGAAAGUGUCAGGAUGCUCAAGUAGAGGGCGGGAGCAGGCUGAGGUCUGUUUGGCCCCCAAAAGAUGGAGGCGAAAACGGAUUCAGACAGUGCUGCACUUAAAGCUCAAGAGCCUGGACUCUUCUGACGUCAAGGCAGUCAGCUGCCUUUGGAUGAGCCCCAGCACUUGUGCUAGGAUGGGAACUGUCCUAGGAAAGGCCCCCACGUUGCUGCCUAUGUCUUUUAGCAUGCCUUUUUGGGUAUGGUACCAGGGAUCCCUGAAUGCCCAUGAUGUGAUUCACACACUGAGGGUUUUCACUGAUUUUCCUAGGAAAUCAGCACUGCUCCUUCCCAAGUUUGUCAAAUAGAAACAACACAACAUGUGUAUAUAUGUUUAUAUACGUAUAUCUAUGUAUAUGUGUGUAUGUAGAGAAGACAUACAUAGUAUAUAUGUCUUCCACUUGCCUUCUCAAUGUGCAUUUAUUGAGUGAUUCCCCACUAGGAAUCACUAGGUACUAUGAAAUGCAUGUGCCAGGCAAGAGAGGGAGGGAGAGAGAGAGAGAGAGAGAGAGAGAGAGAGAGAGAGAGAGAUUGACUUGCAUCUUCCAGAAACUGAAGCAAGAGAAUGCAGGCUUAAGGCACCUACCUACCCAAUGUAACUACCUACCCAGUGUUCAUCCAGUGGUGUGAACCCAUGUGGAAGAAGAGAAGUUUUCCUCCUUAACCAUGGUGGUUAAUGGUGGCUCCCUGGUGGAAUUUCCCAUGUGUCCACUCAGUUAAUGGUCAUAGCAGACCUUGACGUGGGGGUUUGGAACUGUGUGCCUUCCCCCUUCCCACUCCUUCCCUUGGGCUCUUAAUCUGGUCAAUAAAAUAAAGGCACACAAGCGGUUCAGGAAAGCCAUAGUUUCAUUCAGACGAGGAUGCAAAGAGAUGAGAAGCUCAAGUAUGUCUGCUGGUAUGCAUGCUGGGGGCAGCAUGGACAGUCUGCAUGGGGGAAAGGACUGUAGUGAAGGAAGUUUUGGGUGGCAUCAGUUUGAGCUCAGAAAUUGGUGGUAACUGGUGAAUGUCCCAUGAUUUCCUGUAAUGACACUGUAUAUAACCAUGGCCUGGCUAUACACAUACUAUUGACUAGAAGCUGGACAGGGGAGCAUUUGGCCUUCAGAUUUUCCCUUUCUGGUCAAGGGCCAGCAGUGGAAAGUCCUCUAAAUGGGUUUAUUAGUGGUAAUACUGGGGAUUUGUGUGUGCUGUGUUCUGUAGCUGUGAAAGACACUGAUCAUCCAAAGAGAGCAGCGGGAACAGCAGAAUGCAUCCUUUGUUGAACUGAUAAAAAGGACAGCAUUUUACCUACCUGAGGGCCACAGGGGGUUGGGGAGGAGACAAGACAGGGCUUAUUCAAAUGAGAAGUUGGCCAUUGUUCCAGGUUUCUGCCUAGCAGCCACUCUGUACUAGACACAGGAAUGCCAUGUAUGCUUAAAGGGAACCUGCUAUUAACCUCCAGGCUCAUUUUAUCUUGCUACUCGCUGGACUGAAUUGAAAUCAUGAUCAUGAUCGCUCUGGAGCAGUGCCCAGUGCACAGCCUCUGAAUGACAGAGAAAGCUGGUGAAGACCUUCCUGCCAGCCAUUAUGGGAUACCUUGAUACCCAUGUGGGUAAAGGCUUAUGGCAGGAUAACCGCUGUCCCUGGACAUUUGACCCUGAGAAGCAGAGCCACUUUACUGAGUAACAGAGGGAACAUGUGUGAGACCUGUCACUCUCUGUGCUGUUUGUCAUCCUUAUUCUUUUAUGGCCCUUGACCCUUAGUCUCUCUGUACAGGGCAUCACCUCUGUCUCUGUCUGAGAAGAGGGACAUGUCAGGGUGCACAUGUGUGUUUCAACUUCCCCACAUGGAAGUGAUUUGCUCUUUUCAAGUCCACAGUGUCCUGUGAUUGUACCAGACAGCAUGAAAUCCCCUGUUCCAACUGUGAAAACUGGUUUUCUUCUGUGAGCACCUGCCUCCUGUUGUUAAUGUGUACUGGAAUGUUAGCAAGUGCUUUUGUCAGAGAUUCUGAAAUGUACAGAAACUGUGUAGUGAUCUCCACUCUAAUGCUGGAGACACCUUAUUUGUUCAAAUGAGGAGCUGGCCAUUGUUUGUGAGUUUUGUAACUCAUUGUCUAAGCCAUGCUACUGACUAUGUGAAGACUUAAAAUUCCAUUACACUCUAGCUUGACUGGUUACUUGGCAAUCAUUCUCCCAUUGAAAAAGCCAUGCCUCUUUUUCUUAGUUUUUUAACAGUCCCUCUCUGUAAUAAGUGUCCUGUUUUCCUCCUAUAACAUCUUCCCCUAUCUCGUAGUCUUUCUGAUCUCCCUUCUGUCUCCAGCAUCGCUACUUUUCCCUCUUCAGAGCACACAAAUGGGAAAGUUUCAAAGAGAGAUGUCCUAAUAGGAGGAGGGCCAUGGAACCAUGUGGCUAAGUUACACCUCCAUGUGUACUCAAGUGAGGCACCUCAACCAAGAACAGGAUCCCCUGUGACACUAUUUGUCCUGGUGGAUGCAAGAACUUUUGGUAAGAUGGCCAAGGCUCAGCUUCCAGCCCCAUUGCCCCAGUCUCUGGAAAACUUAAUUCAUCUGGAUACCAACACUGAGGGCUUGGCCAAGAACUCUGUCACAGGCAUAGGAGUGGCCACGAAAGCCCUCCCAGAUGCUCUUUGGUUCCCACACAGGGUGGUCUUCUGUGGGGACCAGAUAGCCCCAUUUGUUUUGUCCUUGGUUAUUUGAGUGCUGUCGAUGCUCUCAUUUGACCACGACUACUGACUUUGCCUCCUUUAAUUGCAUUUCUUCCUCUCGCUCCAGGGGUAGAGCUACACCAUCGUAUUUGUGCUGUAUGAGCGUGUGUGUGUGUGUGUGUGUGUGUGUGUGUGUGUGUGUGUGUGUAUAGGAACCCAUGCCUGUGUGGGUAGAUGUCUGAGAAUCACUCAGGGUAUGUUCCUCUGUUGCUCUCCACCAUGAUUUUGAGACAUGUCUCUUGUUCCUGGAACUCACCAGUUUGUCUUGAUCAGCUUGAUAGCUAGUCCCAGGAAACCUCUUCUCUCUGCCUAGAAGCACUAAGAUUGUGGCUGUGCCCUGCCAGGCCUGGAUUUUGAUGAGCCCUGGGGAUCCAACGUCACACCCUCAUGCCCUUAUGGCAGACAAUGUACCUGCCCACACGGAUCCAGCCCUGAGCUGUACAAUUUUAAUUAUUUGAAUCUACCCACUUGCAAAUUCUACCACCCCUCUUCCUCAGUCGUGAAGCCUCCAACCACAGUGUGCUCCUUUGAAGUCUCUGUCUGCCUCACACUGUUCGGUGGGCUGUUUCCUGGAUGGGAAGACCAGCAUUUGUUCCCCACACUCUCAAGGUAGCAGGCAGCAUCUUCAUGAGCACUAUUCAACGCCUUGGCUCUGCUGCACUCAAAACUGCAAGCACCUUUCAGAGGCUGGUGCUAGAGGGACUCCAGGACUUGAUUGUUGUCAUAGUGACACCAUUCGAAUACCUUUCAUCAGUGCAACGUGAUUUUCCUCUAUGACUGCCUCAUGCCAAGCUCUCAUGGCCCCUUGGAAAGAGAUAUACUCUUCCUCACUACACGAUUCUGAUUUCCUGUCAGGAGAGGGUGAGGAUAUGUGUUUCUUGAAUGUCGUGACUCAGCUUGAGGCCCUGUGAGGACUCUGGGAGGGAGGGGAUGACGGAGGUGAAACCGCUGUGCCAGAUAAAAUCAAUAACCUAGGAGAGCAAGAGAUUUUCCUGACAGGAUUGAGUGUGGGUGGGUGGUUGCCUAGGUUACCAGUUGCGAAGGCCAGGGCUGAUGGAGACUGCCUGCCACAUGACCAUCCUCAUCCACAGGAUCCGGACCUGAAGGGUAAGUAUGAGGGAGCAUGCUCAGUAUUUCAGAACCUUCUCAGUAUUGGCAGUUUACUGAAGGUGCUCUGAGCAUGCUUAUGAGAAGCUGAUGCAUAGAGGACCAGAACAUAGGCUCUGGCCACUAGCUGCAGGAGUCAUUGGGUCUUGAGUGAGAGUGUGCAGAUGGGCGGUCCUUCUCCUAAUGAAGGUAGCAAGGUCUCAGAGUAGGGCUGGCCCCAGCGCCACAGAUGAUAUUCUUUCUGUGCAGGUGGCCCUGUUACCUGUGAGCAGGGCACUUUCACAAAGUGCUGAA